AUGGUGCGAUCUUAAAUCUCAAAGAGGAAUUAAACCCUGGCUUGAAAGAAACCCUAGCGAGUUAACUGUAAUCACUUCACAAAAAGACUUUACACUCAAAAACCCAAAUCUCACAUUCCUAUUUAACUAACAAAACCCACGAUUAAAGUUCCAAUCUUUGAUGGGGUUUCUUGGAAGCUUGUGAAUUUGUGAUCAGACGUAUUGGCAUUGAGAACGAGGUUGUUUCAAGUAAUGGAGACCCGAAUCAGAUCUGGGCUUCGGAUACUGCUUCUGAUCGCAGUUUGUAUAAUAGUUUGUGGGUAUUCGGUUUCUGCAGAGACCCAACGACCCAAGAAUGUGCAAGUUGCUCUCCGUGCCAAAUGGCCUGGCACCUCGCUCCUUCUUGAAGCCGGGGAAUUACUGUCUAGAGAAUGGAAAGACCUUUUCUGGGAGUUCAUUGAUGUGUGGCUUAAUAAUGAAAGUGGGAAUACAGAUCCUUACACUGCAAAAGAUUGCUUGCAGAAAAUUUGUAAUUAUGGGAAAUCACUUGUGACUGGACCGUUGGCAUCAGUGUUUGAAUUAUCUCUAACUCUUCGAUCUUCAUCUCCAAGAUUAGUGCUUUAUCAACAAUUAGCAGAAGAAUCUCUUUCAUCGUUUCCAUUGUCCGAUGACCUUAGUACUAGUUCUAUUGAUGGUGGAGUAUCUGAACUAAAUGAAGGCAAAAAAGACAAAAAGGCUGAUUCGUUGCUUGUAGGUGUCAAUCCAAGCAGUCCUGGUGGAAAAUGUUGUUGGGUGGACACAGGUGGGGCCCUGUUCUUUGAUCUCCCAGAGCUGCAAUUGUGGCUUCGUAGUCCGCAUAAGGAUGGAGAUAUAUUUCAACAGCCUGAACUGUUUGAGUUUGACCACGUCUACUUUGCUUCAUCUAUUGGGAGUCCGAUUGCCAUUUUAUAUGGAGCUCUCGGGACAGACUGCUUUAAGGAAUUUCACCUGAGCCUGGUGGAGGCAGCUAAAGAGGGGAAAGUUAAGUAUGUUGUGAGGCCUGUGUUGCCUUCAGGAUGUGAAUCAAAAAGUGGCCAUUGUGGAGCAAUCGGUACUAAAGAUCCCUUGAAUUUGGGUGGUUAUGGUGUAGAACUUGCAUUAAAGAACAUGGAAUAUAAGGCCAUGGAUGACAGUGAGAUAAAGAAAGGUGUUACCCUUGAAGAUCCUCACAUUGAAGAUCUCAGCCAAGAAGUCAGAGGGUUCAUCUUCUCUAGAAUUCUGGAACGGAAACCGGAAUUGACUUCUGAAAUUAUGGCUUUCAGAGAUUCUCUCUUGUCAUCAACAGUAUCUGAGACACUUAAUGUGUGGGAAUUGAAGGAUUUAGGACAUCAAACUGUGCAAAAAAUUGUCCAUGCCUCGGACCCUCUUCAGUCGAUGCAAGAAAUUAAUCAAAAUUUCCCUAGUGUUGUCUCUUACUUGUCUCGUAUGAAGCUCAAUGAUUCAAUCAAAGAUGAAAUACUUUCAAAUCAGCGAAUGAUCCCGCCUGGCAAGUCCUUAAUGGCUCUGAAUGGUGCUUUAAUCGAUAUUGACGAAAUCGACCUUUUUGUGUUGCUCGACAUGGUUCAUCAAGAGUUAUCUUUAGCCGAUCAAUAUACAAAACUGAAGAUUCCUUCAAGCUCAGUUCGGAAACUUCUGUCAACUCUACCUCCUCCCGAAUCCAAUAUGUUUCGUGUUGAUUUCCGUUCAGAACAUGCUCAUUACAUCAAUAACUUAGAGGUGGAUGCCAAGUACAGGCAGUGGCGGAGUAAUCUAAAUGAGCUUUUAAUGCCCGUCUUCCCGGGACAAUUACGCUACAUUCGUAAGAACCUGUUCCAUGCAACCUACGUGUUGGAUCCUGCCUCCAUUUGUGGACUUGAGACAGUUGACAUGAUCAUCUCUUUAUUUGAGAGCGCUCUUCCAAUAAGGUUCGGGGUGAUAUUGUAUUCUACAAAGUUGAUCGAGACACUUGAGGCAAAUGGUGGAGAAUUCCCACUUUCCUCACUUGAAAAUGACAGUCAAAUUAACGAAGAUCUCUCAAGCUUGACCAUACGCCUAUUCCUUUACGUCAAAGAGAGUCAUGGGAUGCAGAACGCCUUUCAAUUUCUCAGCAAUGUAAACAAAUUGCGGAUGGAGUCAGGAGAGGAAGAUGUACCUUUGCUGCACCAUGUGGAGGGGGCAUUUGUAGAAACAAUAUUGCCACUGGCAAAAUCCCCACCUCAAGAUAUUUUGUUAAAGCUGGAAAAGGAUCAAUCUUUCCGCGAACCAUCUCAAGCAAGUUCCUUGUUCAUUUUCAAGUUGGGUUUGGCAAAGCUGGAAUGUUCCCUCUUAAUGAACGGUCUUGUCCACGAUUAUAACGAGGAUUCUCUAAUGACUGCCAUGAAUGAUGAGCUCCCUAGAAUCCAGGAACAAGUUUACUAUGGGCAGAUAAAUUCACGUACUGAUGUUCUGGACAAAUUUUUAUCAGAAAGUGGUAUUCAGCGCUAUAACCCACAGAUUGUUGGAGAUAAGGCAAAGGCUAAGUUUGUUUCUCUGACUGCAUCAUUCCUUGGAGAUGAAUCUCUGCUAAAUAAUAUCGAAUAUUUACACUCAGCUGGAACUAUUGAUGACUUGAAGCCUGUGACUCAUCUUCUUGCUGUUGACGUCAAAUCAAGAAAAGGGGUUAAGUUGCUCCACGAGGGAAUACGUUAUCUGAUGGCAGGUUCUGCAAAUGCUCGCGUGGGCUUUGUAUUUAAUUCCGAUGUUGAUCCUGAUUCAAAUAGCCUCACCUUUAUGAAGGUUUUUGAAAUUGCAACCUCCUCAUAUAGUCAUAAGAAGAAAGUGUUAAACUUUCUGGACCAACUGUGCUCAUUUUACGGGAAUGAGUUCAGGCUCGGGUCUUCUCAAGAUGCUCAAAGCACUCAAGCUCUUCUUAACAAGAUUUCUGAUCUUGCGGAUGCAAAUGGGAUACAAUCUAAAGGAUUUAUGUCAGCUCUUUCUGAAUUUACUGUUGCCAAGCUUACAAGUCACUUAAAGAAGGUGGGCCAAUUUCUAUAUGGACAAGUUGGGCUUGAAAAUGGCAUUAAUGCAGUUAUUACUAAUGGCAGGGUGGUUCGCGUCCCUGAUGAUGUUACAUUUUUAAGCCAAGAUUUGCAUCUUCUUGAAUCUGUGGAAUUUAAGCAAAGAAUAAAGCACAUAGCUGACAUCAUUGAGGAGGUGACCUGGGAUGAUGUAGAUCCAGACACACUUAUGAGCAAAUUCUUAAGUGAUGUAAUCAUGUCUGUCGCAUCUUCACUCUCUACACGGGACCGAAGCUCUGAAGGUGCUCGCUUUGAGAUGUUGAGUGCAGAAUACAGUGCUGUUGUUAUUGGUGGUCAAAAUGCAACCAUUCAUAUAGAUGCUGUUAUUGAUCCUUUGAGCUCUUCUGGUCAAAAAAUAUCUUCACUUCUUCGGAUACUGUGGAAAUGCAGUCAGCCAAGCAUGAGGCUCGUGUUCAACCCAAUGAGUUCCCUUGUUGAUAUUCCGCUGAAGAAUUACUACAGAUUUGUUACUCCGACAAUGGACGACUUCAGCAACACUGAUAUAACGGUACAUGGCCCCAAAGCAUUUUUUGCAAAUAUGCCGCUAUCGAAAACCUUAACCAUGAAUCUUGAUGUUCCUGAAUCAUGGCUUGUUGAACCUGUCAUUGCAAUCCAUGAUCUUGACAAUAUAUUACUUGAGAACCUUGGCGACACAAGGACGCUACAGGCAGUUUUUGAACUUGAAGCUCUUGUUCUUACUGGCCAUUGCUCAGAGAAGGAUCAUGAACCCCCACGAGGCCUUCAAAUGAUACUUGGAACUAAAAAGAACCCCCAUUUGGUUGACACACUUGUGAUGGCCAAUUUGGGUUAUUGGCAGAUGAAAGUGUCACCCGGGGUUUGGUACCUGCAGCUAGCACCAGGUCGAAGUUCUGAUCUCUACAUUAUGCAAGAUGGUCUGGACAUGCGCUCAACAAAGCGGAUCACCAUCGACCGCUUGCGGGGAAAACCAGUUCAUCUUGGAGUCGUGAAGAAAAAGGGAAAAGAACACGAAAAACUACUGAUUCCUUCUGAUGAUGACGAUUCUUCUAGGAAACAAGGUGAUCAGGACAGUUGGAAUUCUAACAUUUUGAGAUGGGCUUCCUCGCUUAUCGGUGGCAAUGUGCAGUCCAAGAAGAGUGGAAGCACUAAAGUGGAUAAUAAUGUAAGCAAUGGGAGAAAGGGUAAAACGAUAAAUAUAUUCUCUAUUGCCUCGGGACACUUGUACGAACGUUUUCUGAAAAUCAUGAUUCUAAGUGUUCUGAAAAACACACAACGCCCGGUGAAGUUCUGGUUUAUCAAGAACUACCUUUCACCACAGUUUAAGGACGUGAUUCCACAUAUGGCACAAGAAUAUGGUUUCGAGUAUGAAUUGGUUACGUAUAAAUGGCCGAGUUGGUUGCAUAAGCAGAAAGAAAAACAACGGAUUAUUUGGGCGUAUAAAAUUCUAUUUCUUGAUGUCAUUUUCCCCCUUUCUCUCGAGAAGGUUAUAUUUGUUGAUGCGGAUCAGAUCGUUCGUGCUGACAUGGGAGAACUCUAUGACAUGAAUUUGAAAGGAAGACCUCUUGCAUAUACCCCGUUUUGUGACAACAAUCGAGAUAUGGAUGGUUAUCGGUUUUGGAGACAAGGUUUUUGGAAGGAACAUUUACGAGGAAGACCAUAUCAUAUCAGUGCUUUGUACGUGGUUGAUUUGGUCAAGUUCCGGGAAACUGCAGCCGGAGACAAUUUGAGAGUGUUUUAUGAAACACUUAGCAAAGAUCCAAAUAGUCUCUCUAACCUCGAUCAGGAUCUGCCAAACUAUGCCCAGCACACGGUACCAAUCUUUUCGCUUCCACAAGAAUGGCUGUGGUGUGAGUCUUGGUGCGGUAACUCCACAAAAGCCCGGGCUAAAACCAUCGAUCUUUGCAACAAUCCAAUGACCAAGGAACCGAAGCUUCAGGGUGCCAAAAGGAUCGUAGCAGAGUGGCCCGAUCUUGAUCUGGAAGCAAGACAUUUCACCUCGAAAAUACUAGGCGAAGGAGUGAGCCCGGUAGAGAAGGUGGUUAGCCCGAUAGAGAAGAUAGUGAGCCCACCGGCUCAACCACAAGAACCCGAAGAAGACUUAGAAUCAAGAGCAGAGUUGUGAAUAUUGAACCAUCGUUAACUAAGCCCGUCUCAUCUAGAAGGUUCAAAUCCGUUUCUUUCUUUUGCCAAUUCCAAACGAACCCGUCAAGAACUUUUCCGGCCCUCGUGUUCUAAAUCCGUCAUUAAAGAGAUUUUUGUACCGAAAAGAGGGCAAAAUUCAAUUCUGAAUCUAAUUAAAUUUUGAUGUUAUUAGGGUACAAAUGUUGAUCAAUUUUGGUGGCAAAUUUGGCAUGGGAUUGAAUUCACAAAUGUAGAAUAUACGACAACGUUUUAUUAUAGAAUAAGACAGCUUUAUUAUGGUUGUACUA